AACAGUCUACGGGCAUCAGAUGAGAUAUCUACGUAUGUAAAAGGCAAAAAACUUUAUACUUGAAAUAGUUUAGUUACUUAUGUCAUAAAUGAUGCAUGAAAAUAUUCUACCGUUAAUUUAUACAACUGAGAUAGUGGCAUAGGAUAGUGGUAGGCAUUUAACAGAACAGUAAAAUACCAUGAAACCGCAUUAUUUUAGACAUAAAUGCACACACACAUGCUGGGUUCAUAUUCAUAAUUUUUGCACUGGGAUAUUUUUCCUGCAGUAGUGGGCGUUAAUGCAUGCGAUACGCAUUGCUAUUUACUCUCAAAGUUGAAACCCGGACAUUUAUUUUUAUGUUACAUGAAAAUAAAAUAACAUCAAUUAUCAUAUCACCAUAAUAAAACCGACUCUAGUCACCUCAAAAUGAGCAGAGUAAUGCGAUUUUGUAUGAUUAUUUUCAUUGUGAUAUUAUUUUUCGGAACGUGGCUAUUGGGUUCGUUCAUUGUGAUUCAGAUAGAUUCAGAACAAUUUAUCCACGAUAAACAGUUCAAAGUUUUACAGAAACAAAAUCAGGAGCUUCAACGAAACGUGGAUAAGCAGUGCAGACUUAUAAAUAAGAAAGAGCUUGUCAGAGAUGAUUUGAGUGGUGACAAAUAUGACAAUAAAAAAGACGCUCAUAAAGCCUGGGAAAGGGCCAGGAAGGAGAAAGUCAUCAGAGAUAAUCUCAUCUACUUUCCACAUUUGAACCAAAUGUGGUGCCUGGUGCCAAAGGCGGCUAGUACUUCUUGGAGUAAAGCUAUUGUGGACCGCUUGAAUUUCGAGUCCACAAACAUUUUCAUAGACUCUUCUGCAAACUACUCGUUGCAAGUUAUUCUCAAACAAAAUUUUGGAAAUAUUAACAGAACGGCAUUUGUAAAUGCUGCGCAAUCGGACAAAAUAAAAAAGGUUUUAUUGAUUCGACACCCAUUUUCAAGAAUUGCAAGUGCUUAUCGAGAUAAAUUGGCAGACAGAAAGGCGAAAGUGGAUGGAAUGCAUUUCUUUCAACAGUUCGGAGUUAAAAUUAACCGACGAUUCAGACAGAGCAGAAAAGACGUGAAGCAAAAGGAGCCAACAUUUCAAGAAUUUGUGGACUAUUUAAUCGAAACAAAACCCUUGGACAUGAAUGAACAUUGGCAGCCCAUCUCACUUAUGUGUGGCCUCUGUCAUGUCCAUUAUGACCACAUAAUUGCGAUGGAAAAUUUGGAGAAAACCAAAGUGUUCCAUUUAAAUCAACUAGGAUUUCCAGGAAAUAAUUUUCCGGUUGAAAACAAAAACUCGGGCACUUACAGCUCCCAAGAGCUAUUUCGCAAUAUUUCAAAUUCCAGGAAAGUUCGGUUGUUGGACAAAUAUCAAGAGGAUUUUAGGCUUUUCCAGUAUAGUUUUUUAAAACAUUAUUAUAUUUAAGUCGUGACAGAAUAAAUACAAUUAUAAGAAUA